AUGCACGACAAUAACGAUCAAUCCUUGGAACUCCUCUUUCCUCACAAGGUAGCUCACAUGCAUGCAAAGACCUAUUGGUGUUUGAUUUUAGCUUUCUCGGUAAGAUUGCUGACCCAAAUCGCUUUCUGGCUCAGGCCUCAAAUAGUUGCUGACUGGAAAUUAGACAAUAUUACCCUUAUCUUGCCCUGCGUCGUUAUUAGGCCUCGUCCCCCUUCGCUUCCCUUCCAGUUACCUAAAAGCACACCAGCCGCCAGGAACAACUCCACAACAUUGAACGCCAAACAGUCGGAUCGGACCUCCGCCGCUGGAUCGCGUACCUCCGCCACCGCCAUCAGUGACGCCUUCUCGAUCCAUCACACAGGUUACAUGAUUUUUCUGAUGUUGGUUUGGAACGAGAGUGAGGACAAAACUUUUCUUGAUGCAUGUAUCCAUGAACUAACCACUAAUGGUCGUGAGGGUUCUGGGCUUAAGGCAAGUUCAUGGAAGACAAUACGCGAAAAAUUGAUAAACGAACACGGUAAAGAGGUUGAUCAGAAGCAAAUGAGAAACCACUUUGACUACUACAAAUCAAAGUAUGUUGCUUGGGUGAAACUCAAAAACAAAACUGGGUCGACAUCAACCGGAUUUCAAAGUUGGGGGCCAUCUUCUACACUCCCUCGUCCUGUAGAAGAGUUUAGUCCCCAUGAUUUUGAUGAUGAUGUUCCAAUGGAAACCUCAACACAACACAUAGGUGCAAGUGAAGAAUCUUCGGGGCGUUCAAAAAAUAAGGAAGUUGGUGGAAACAAAAGAGUUGCUGGAAAAAAAAGAGAUGCAAGGGCAUUAGAAGUUGAAGAGGAGAUUGUCAAGCUUGCAAGGUCGUUAGUGGAAAAAAUGAAAGAAUUGAAAAAAGUGAAAUGGAUAAGGAUGUUGAUGCGUGUAUGGAGAAAUUGA